AUGAAUGGAUGGGAGUCUUUGGAAUUGCAGCAGGCUCGUACAGAAAACGCAGACCACCGGCUCAAAAUCAGAAGAACGAUAGCUGAUCUCCUCGUCGAACGAGCACUGCCGGUUUGGUUUUUCGGAAAUUUUUUGGAGAACAAUUCGGGUCAUUGGAGCAGCCUUCAGUAUGGUUUUGCGGGAGUAAGCUACCUUGACAUUACCAUUGGUAGUGCAAUAUCGCGUCAUAUGAACUGCUUUCCAAAUGAUAUUAUGAUAUCCGUGCACGAUGUAUUGGGAACGUGGGGAGGGGAAAAAAAGGAACUGUGUGAUGGGAUGUUACGCUAUUCACUCAAAGACGUAGUUUGGAAUACUACUGUGCGUGUCAAACAAAUUUGUCAGCGAACGAUUCACGUAAUUUUCGACACGCGACUGUGUACAGUGAACUGUCCGGUUACAGUAGAGCCGACCAAAGCGGGACGAGAUAUAUGCUUCACCGAACAUUCACUACAAGAAAUUGAUGCUUACAAUCCUAAUAACGACACAGCUAUUUCAAGACCAGACGAAACAACUGUAAGAGAAAAAGAAUUGCUUUUUGCAUCUCACAGUGAAAUGUGGUUGUCAUCCUUUCAAUUAAAAUCCUGCAAAUUUUAUCCGAAGAACUGCUGUACAUUAGACUUCUCUAAAGUGCUUGCGAUUUUGUUGUAUCGGCAUUUGCUUCGGCGACAACAUAUGCCUUGGCAAGCAUAUGAAGGUAAGGGUUUCAAAACACUGGCUGGACAUUCUUUUCAUCUUCGCUUUUCACUUUUUAAUAAAAUUAUGCAGGACUGCGCUUUUUGCCAACUCGCUGGAGGUGUUAUCAAGUGUGAAGCGUCACAAACUGUUCAGUCGCUUGCGAACUGGGGAAUAGAUCCGUUUUCCUGA